AUGGCAGAGAGUGAACCAGAGUCUAAUUACACCAAACACCAAAAGUUGGUCCAAGAACAACAAAACCAUGAAAGGCCGUUUUACAAUCAUUUUCUUUACAAAAUUGCUCUAGUUGUAGUUUUCUUUGUUAUUCUCCCACUUUUUCCAUCACAAGCUCCUGAGUUCUUCAACCAAAGUGUAGUCACCAGAAGCUGGGAGCUUCUGCACCUUCUCCUUGUUGGCAUAGCAGUCUCUUAUGGCCUUUUUAGCAAACGAAAUGAGAAAACAGACGAGGACAACAGCAACAACAAUCACACAAAAUUUGAUAAUGCUCAUUCAUAUGUCUCUAGAUUUCUUCAGGUGUCCUCAGUUUUUGAUGAUGAGACUGAACCCGCACCUGGUUCUGAUGGGAACAAGGUCCAAACAUGGAGCAGUCAGUAUUAUCGUAACGAGCCGGCGGUGAUUGUGGCUCAGGAGCACUCUGCUGUUGAUGAACAGAGAGGUACCGCUUCACCAAUCGUUGAAAAACCAUUGCUUUUGCCGGUUAGGAGCUUGAAACAACGUGUUCCCGAAAACCCGGAUAGCAUAGAGUCUGUUAAAGAGUCUAGUGGGGAUUCUGGCUCAUUAAGCAGGUCUAAUUCAAGGUCAGGUUCAAGAAGGUUUUCAAGCAAAUCGAAUAAGGCUAGAGGUGGUGAAUUUGGAGGGUUGGAUUAUCUAGAAUUGGAGGAGAAAUUGAAGGAAAGUGUUGUGCUUCCUUCUCCAAUUCCAUGGAGAUCAAGAUCAGGAAGGUUGGAUGUGAAGGAAGAAGUUGACAAUAGUACUCCUAUGGAGGAAUCUGAGUUUAGCCGCCAAGAGGCGUGGGGUUCGAGGUCUCAAGGUUCUCGUUCUUCUCGAUCGAAUUCCAUUUCUUCGUCCCCAAAACUCUCUCCUUCGCCAUCAAUUUCAUCUCCAAAGAAGUCUUCUCCUUUAACGUCAUUGUCAUCAUCGGAAUCUCAAACGAAGAAUGCAGAGGAUUUGGGGAGGAAGAAGAGCCUGUACAAGUCUUCUCCUCCCCCACCUCCACCGCCCCCACCAAUGUUUUACAAGUCAUCAUCAAUGAGGCCGAUUAGAGAUGGGGUUUCGUAUGAGAAGGAUAUGAGGAGAAGUUUCAGUAGUGAAACAAACAACGUGAACAGGAGCAACGGAGAAUUUGUGAUGGGCAGAGUGAAUUCAGGGACCGAAACCAAGCGAAGAAGCUACGUUGAUGGUUCAUCAAUGGGGGGGCCAGUCAGAACAACCAGAGCUGGUGAGAGCGUGGCAGGGCCUUGGAAGGUAAUGGAGAAAAGCUCUAAGGAAGUUGAAACAAGCUUGGUGGAGAAAGCGGCACGAAAGAGAGUAGGGUAUGAUGAAACUUCUUUCAGGGCUGAGAAAAUGGGACAUGAAAGCAUCCACAGAAAGCCAAACUCAGCUUCUUUCGAUGAAUUUUCGGAGGAAGAGAAAGAAGAUUUUCACGACAAGGUAGUGAUGGAAUCGGAUGAAGAAACCGAAAGUGAAGAUGAGAGCUUCGAAGAAAGUUUGAUCCGAAAAGACAUUGGGGAGACACCAAAGCCAACUCCAAACAGUUAUGUGUCUGUUUCAGGCAGUGUGAGUGAUGAAGGGCCUGAUGUGGAUAAGAAGGCUGAUGAAUUCAUAGCGAAAUUCAGGGAGCAGAUUAGGCUUCAGAGAAUAGAUUCGAUCAAGCGAUCGAGUGCUCAAAUUAGUAGAAACUUGUCAAGGUAA